GACGUUAAGAUUUAAACAUCGUCUGCAUGCAGUCUACAACCUUCUACAACGUGUUCUUGUUGCUCUAAAAGUUUUAAAACAUUUUUCUUUUGGACAGAUUUAGAUGCAGUUUUCUAGAUAAAAUCUACUUAAGUAUCCCAGUAGUUCAUCAUGACUGACUGUGUUGAAGUGGCCAUUACGAGCGAUUCCAGUGAUCAACUAUGGAGCUGCUGUGUUUGGGAUGUCCGCACUGGCACUCAUCUAAUUUCCUACAAAGGCGGUGGCGCCCCAGGCCCUAACACAUUGUCCGUUAUCAAUGGCCAAUUCAUUUUGGCCGCUAAUAUGGUUAAGCCGAUGCUGCACAUCUGGCCAAUAAAUCGCCAUGAGACUAUAACGACUCGUUUCAUUCUACCUGGUAGAGCAACAGCUGUUUCCACGUCGCCUGAUGGAAAUUACUGUUUAGUGGCAGUCCAAGAAACAAUUUACGUCUAUCAAUUAGCUACAGGAGCCCUGCUGGCAACGGCUUCACGACACUAUCAAGCAGUCAAAGUGUUGCGUUUCACUGAUGACGGUUCUCACUUCAUCAGCGCUGGUCAAGACGGUAUGGUUAUGGUUUGGAAUCUUGCACAUGUGGUUCGGGUUUUCCAGAAACAAACCAUUGGAGCUACCUAUUCAUUUUCGGAUCACGCUUUGCCUGUUACUGAUUUAUACGUUGGGCGAGGAGGUAUCAAGGCCACUUUCUGUUCGGUAUCAGUGGACCGUUCCUGCAAAAUUUAUGAUUUAUCUUCCGGGACCAUAUUGCUGAAUUUGGUGUUCCAAGAAGCUUUAUCUGCCGUUACGAUGGAUAAUCUGGAAUCCAACGUUUUCAUUGGAACCAGUGAUGGACCGAUUCACUGUUUCAGCAUACAUUCUCCACCUCGAACCAAGGAGUACCACAUCAAUCGCAAAAAUCAGCAGAAAAAUAUGUUUCUAGGUCAUAAAAAAGCUGUCACUAGUCUUUCGGUUUCUCUUGAUGGGGAAACUUUACUCUCCGCUAGCGACGAUGAAAAUGUUUUGAUUUGGCACAUCCCAAGUCGCCAGCAACUCCGAGUCAUCCCCCACAAAGGUACAGUAACCAAUGCAUUUUUCAUGUUGACACCACGGACAAUGUUCAAUCAAGAAAUAAAAAUCGUCCCACUGUUUCAACCGUUUCAAAAAAUGGUUUACCCGAGUGAUAAAAUUGACGACAUUUGUGUAGAAGUUGAAGUUAAAGAGAGACCUUGGGACAAUACCGUCAAUAGUCAUUCAAAAACUAAUCAAUCGUCAGCUACCGGAAAUGAUUACGCUAACAGUCAAGAAGAAAUCAUGAAACUAAGAAAAGAAAUCCAAUAUUUGAAAAUGGUGAACAAAGAGAUGUAUGAAUUUACGGUUAAAAAUAUUAUGAAAGACAGUUGAUCAACAGACUACAGUUGAUCUUGUUCGCAAUAAAAUAACAUCUUAUCCCAAUGGCUAUUUUAUUGUCCUUUCAGUCCAUUCUGUUACCUUCCCUCUUAAACCACUGAUGCUUAAACUCUCCAGACUACGAAAUCCGCGAAAAACAUCAAAUAUUUCCGAUGAGUUCGACGAUAGAUUUACUCGCAUCUCGUCAAUUUCUCACUGAUUCAAUUUGGAGGACUUCGAGAACAGCGGAUAUUCUGUAU